AUGUCCCAAGCAGACAUAGGUCCCAGGAGGGACUUAGGGGGAAUUCAGACCAGCCCUCUGCUUCCCACUCCAUCCCAGCCACUUUCAGGGCUGCUACUUCUGAUGCUACUGCUACUAGAUUCCUGCUUGUCUCUUGCCCAGCUGGUGGGCCUCCCCACUCAGGAGGAGGAGAUCGUGUUUCCUGAGAGACUCAAUGGCAGCAUCUUUCCUGGGCCUGGCUCCCAGGGGCUCCUGUUGUAUCGGCUGCCAGCCUUUGGGGAGACACUGCUUCUGGAGCUGGAGCAAGACCCCGGUGUCCGGGUUGAGGGAUUGACUGUACAGUACCUGGGCCAGGCACCUUCGAUGCUAGGUGGGGCUGAAGUGGGCACGUACCUGACGGGCACCAUCAACGGGGAUCCUGAGUCUGUGGCAUCUCUGCAUUGGGAUGGGGGAGCCCUGCUGGGCGUCCUACAGUACCGAGGGACAGAGCUCCAUCUUCAGCCCCUAGAAGAGGGUGCUCCUAAUUCUGCUGGGGGGAAAGGGGCCCACAUCCUACGGCGAAAGAGCCCCACCAGAGACCAGGGCCCCAUGUGCAACGUUGGGGCCCCGCUUGGGACCCCGGGCCCCAGCCCUCGAAGAGCCAAGCGCUUUGCCUCAGUAAGUCGCUUUGUGGAGACCCUGGUAGUGGCAGAUGACAAGAUGGCAGCAUUUCAUGGGGCCGGGCUGAAGAGAUACCUCCUGACUGUCAUGGCAGCUGCUGCCAAGGCUUUCCGCCACCCAAGUCUUCGUAACCCGGUCAGUCUGGUGGUAACCCGACUGGUUGUGCUUGGGCCUGGUGAGGAAGGGCCUCAGGUGGGCCCCAGCGCCGCUCAGACCCUGCGCAGCUUCUGUACCUGGCAGCAAGGACUCAACAUUCCUGAGGACAGCCACCCUGACCACUUUGAUACAGCCAUUCUGUUUACCCGACAGGAUCUGUGUGGUGUCUCUACAUGUGACACACUUGGCAUGGCUGAUGUGGGCACAGUGUGUGACCCAGCCAGAAGUUGUGCCAUUGUGGAAGAUGAUGGACUCCAGUCGGCCUUCACUGCUGCUCAUGAGCUAGGUCAUGUCUUUAACAUGCUCCAUGACAACUCCAAGCCAUGUGUGAGUCUGAAUGGUCCUGGGAGCUCCUCUCGUCAUGUCAUGGCACCAGUUAUGGCACACGUGGACCCUGAGGAGCCCUGGUCCCCUUGCAGUGCCCGCUUCAUCACUGACUUCCUGGACAAUGGCCAUGGACACUGUCUCUUAGACAAGCCCUCAGCUCCUCUGCGCCUGCCUGUGACUUUCCCUGGCAGGGACUAUGAUGCUGACCGCCAAUGCCAGCUGACCUUUGGGCCUGACUCACGACACUGUCCCCAGCUUCCCCCACCCUGUGCUGCCCUCUGGUGCUCUGGCCGCCUCAACGGCCAUGCUAUGUGCCAAACUAAGCACUCUCCCUGGGCUGAUGGCACCCCCUGUGGACCCAACCAGGCCUGUAUGAGUGGCCGCUGCCUCCAGAGUGCUCAGCUCCAGGAUUUCAAUACCCCACAGGCAGGAGGCUGGGGCUCUUGGGGGCCCUGGGGGGACUGUUCUCGGACCUGCGGAGGUGGCGUCCAGUUCUCCUCCCGUGACUGUACUAGUCCUGUUCCCCGGAAUGGUGGCAAAUAUUGCGAAGGCCGCCGUACACGCUUCCGCUCCUGCCAUACCCAGGACUGCCCCACAGGCACAGCUUUGACCUUCCGUGAAGAGCAGUGUGCUGCCUAUAACCUCCGCUCUGAUCUCUUCAAGAACUUCCCAGGGCCCAUGGAUUGGGUCCCACGGUACAGUGGUGUGGCUCCCCAGGAUCAGUGCAAGCUUACUUGUCAGGCCCGGGCGCUUGGCUACUACUAUGUCCUGGAGCCUCGGGUGGUAGAUGGGACCCCCUGCUCAUUGGACAGCACCUCAGUCUGUGUUCAGGGCCGCUGCAUCCAUGCUGGCUGUGACCGGAUUAUUGGCUCUAAGAAAAAGUUUGACAAGUGCAUGGAAUGUGGCGGUGAUGGCUCGGGCUGCAGCAAGCAGUCUGGCUCCUUCAAGAAGUUCAGGUAUGGAUACAAUGAUGUGGUCACCAUCCCUUCAGGUGCUACCCACAUUCUAGUGCGGCAACAGGGGGAUUCUGGCCCCCACAGCAUUUACCUGGCGCUGAAGCUUCAAGAUGGCUCCUAUGCCCUCAAUGGUGACUACACAUUGCUGCCAUCUGCAAGUGAUGUGGUUCUGCCUGGAGGUGCCAGCCUUCGAUACAGUGGUGCUACUGCAGCCUCAGAGACCCUAACAGGCCAUGGGCCAUUGUCCCAGCCCCUGACCUUGCAGGCCCUGGUGGUGGGUAAUCCUCAGAAUCCUCGCCUCCGCUAUAGCUUCUUUGUACCCCGGCCUGCCCCUCCAGCCCCUCGACCCACCCCAAAGGACUGGCUCCGACAGCGUGCACAAAUCCUGGAGAUUCUCCGGCGGCGCCAUUGGGUGGGCAAAAAAUAA